AUGUCGACAACGACAAACCUUGCAGCGCAAAAGGGAAGCAAGAACUCUCUUGUAAACGUUGCCGAUACCGAAAGCCCCUGUGACAAUUGUGCAACGGCUGGUGUGGGUUGCGAAUAUGAAAAGACUGACAAGAGACGAAACCCACCAUCGUCUGAAUACACAGAUGGUCUCCGAAAUCGAGUAGCCUCAUUAGAGGCCUUUAUACAAGACUUGAAGGACUCUUCUCCCACACGCAGGGAUGAGAUGCUUGGAACAGUAGCCAACAUCGGAGGAGCACCACCCACCGCAGGACCAUCCCAAGUCACACAAUCCGAAACUCCAACCAUUGCACGUUUGAAACCAGACGCACAAGGAUCAUUAAUCUACCACGGCGCUACCAGUAUCUUCAACAGUGACAUUCUCUCCACAAGCGAGACGGAUACGAAUCCCGUACAUGCUGAGUCCAAUUUUGAUCAUGUUAUAGAACACUUCGGCAUCAAGUUGGAGGACGAUACAGUCUUCAAAGCACUGCAGCAAUUCUUUCGCUGGCAGUACCCACACUUCAUGUUCGUUUACCGAGAGACGUUUCUAAGAGACCAUUUUGGUGAGCGAAAAGGUUGCAAGUAUUGGUCAUCUGCGCUUCUCCUGUCCAUAUGUGCCUUGGGCCUUCUCAUGUCAGAGGAUGAAAGGGAAAGGGGCUUGAUUGAGCAGUUUUUCCGCGCGGCUGAGAGCAUCGUCAUGGUUUCGGGUUUAAACCGUCCUUCGAUUCCUACAGUCCAGUCUUUUCUUUGUUUAGCUUUCUUUGAGAUUGGCCAAGGCAAUGUUUCCAAAGGAUGGGCAUACUCAGUGGAAGGACGCCUUGCCACCUUUUGCGAGAUGGAACAAAUGGUCUACGAGUACAGAUAUGACCCCCGCGGUAGCAACGCUUCAUCUAUUGUACAGUAG